AUGAGCUCGGACGGUUAUUUCGACGACGACUUUGACGCCGAGGCCCUAGAGGCGAUUGACGCGAUUGAGGCCGCUGCACUCGCGGAACCACCAAGGCAACAUCAAGCACCACCCCCGCCGGCACCGCGACCUCAGCCCCCAGCUCGAACGCGAAGCCUCGCGGCGGACUCGUCGAUAGACAUUUCUUUCGACUUUGACGAGAGAGAUCUUGAAGCCGUAGAUGUAGCUGUGCAAGAAGUCUACAGUAGACCACCGGCGGCUCCUGUGGCAGGCCCCAGCACCAGCUCGACCCGCCAAUUCACCCGGACGAACUCCAAUAACCUUGUGCAAACGACAUUGUUCGGCGGGGUUGUCCCUACGCAUCCGCCUUCAGCGAGCCGUCCGCCAAGGUCUACUCAGCUCGAGAGGACCAGGUCGGGGUCUCGCAAUCUGUUUGGGCAGCAGGCGAAGAAGGUGAAGAAAUGGGAUCAUACUGCUUUCGCGGAAACUGGGAGGAAAACGAAGAAGAAAGGGAAGAAGAAGUUGGGUGAGUGGUUUGCCAUUGACUGCCAUAUCCAGUCUCACAUGGGACGCGUUGUCCUUAGACCAUGGCCUCCACCAAUGAAACUCAAGCCAGACCUACUCGAAGCGAAACAUUGGAUAUACCCUACCAACCGGCCCAAACGAGACUACCAAUACAACAUCGCCAAGCACUGUUUAUAUGAGAACACUCUCGUUGCCCUUCCGACUGGUUUGGGAAAGACUUUCAUCGCCGGUGUGGUCAUGUUAAACUACUACAGGUGGUAUCCAGAAGGGAAAAUCAUCUUUCUCGCCGUUACGAAACCUCUCGUCGCUCAGCAGAUAGAGGCCUGUCAUGACACCUGUGGUAUCCCUGGGUCGGAUGGUGUCGAGUUGACAGGAGAGGUUGCGAGUUCGUUACGAGUUCGAUAUUGGGAAGAGAAACGCGUUUUCUAUAUGACGCCUCAAACGCUCGAGUCAGAUCUCAAGUCCGGGAUAUGUGACCCUUCGGACGUCGUUCUGCUCGUAAUCGCCACUCCUGGAAACAAGGUGGAGACUGUCCAGCAUGUCAUCGAUGGGCUUCGUAUCAGUCACAUCGAGAUUCGUAACGAGAGCAGUUUGGAUAUCAAGCCUUACAUUUUCGAAAAGGCUGUAAAGACCCAUAUCAUCCGACCAACUGGCGAAGUAGCCCAGAUUCGGGAUAUGCUGAUCAAGUAUAUCGAUCUCACUGGAUGCAUAUCUGCCUGCUAUGACUAUCUGGACGAAAUUAGGAAAAUCGAUGGUGUGGGGGACAAAAAGCCAAUUUGGAAGGACGACCCAGAUUUCAAAGCUAUCAUGGCCAAGCUUGACGAGAUUGCCGCUCAAGGAGGAGCAUCCCACCCAAAGAUGGAGAAGCUCAAAGACAUCCUGAUCAACUACUUUGGCUCGCGUAUGCAGGACCCCGACGCCGACAAUCCUGAAAACGCGGAUCGCAGUUGCGUCAUAGUGUUUUCUUCCUACCGGGCGGUAGUGGAAGAGAUUGUGAAAGAGCUGGAUGGACAUAAACCGCUCAUUCGGGCAGCGGCCUUCGUUGGUCAAGCUACAGAUAAGAAGGGGAGGAAGGGUUUGACCCAGAAGAAGCAGCAAGCGGUUCAACGAUUUGGACGAACUGGGCGCAAACGGAGCGGGGAGGUACACCUUCUGCUCGCCGAAGCUCGCGAAGAAGCCAACAUGGAUACAGCCAAAGCCAACUACAUGGAAGUUCAAAAGGUUAUCACCAACGGUGACCUCUACGAACUGUACUGCGACGUUCCCCGACUUCUCCCUGACAACAUUAGGCCAGAGUGCGUAGAGAAGGUCAUGGAGAUCCAACCCUACGUCCGCGAAGCACCCUUUACCAGGCCGCCCAAGAACACGGACGGGAAGAGGGCUCCUAAACGGAAGCGGAACGACGAUCCAGGGAGGAACAUACCCCCUGGAAUGUCAGCCGACUUCCAAUCUGCCAACUCGAUUUGGAAGCAAUUCAAGAAAAAGAAAGUGGAGGAAGAGCCUGAUUCCAUACCGGAAGAGACUCGGCCGUUCGAAGAGUUGGGUCAAGACGGAGAGAGCGACGAGGAGAUUGAAGAAGGUGCCCUUGGCGUUCUUCGUCGAGCACAGUCGGAGAAGGUUGCGUCUACCGCGAAGAAGAAAACCAAGUCUUCAGGGUCUGGUCUGCGACGGUCCAAAACGGAUGCUCCGCCAAAGAAGAAGCAGGCGAAGGGAAAAGGCAAGGCAAAGGAGGAAGGAGUGAUAGGGAAAUUGUCCGAGAUUUCCUGUAGCCAACUGGCCAAGUUGGGAGAGAGCGACGAAGAUGAUAUGGAGAUCGAGGGUCUGGCUACGAGCUCCCUUGCGCCAGCUCGGUCACUUUCAUCAGGUUCAACUUCUCGAGCCUCACGAUAUGCUUCCCCCUCACCCGAGAAGGCUAUGGAUGUCAUCGACCUGUCAGAUACGGACGAGGAGCUAUUCCCGGAGGACAAGGACCCCGUUCUCCCUCGUAAUGGAAUCAUCGCCGCUCUGGAUGCAAUAGCAGAAGAACCGACCUCUCCUGUCGAGCCAGAACCAGAGCCCACUGGCAGUCUUCCAAGACCCAAGUCGCCGCCAGCUCGCAACCUUGACGAUAUGUCAUGGUUAGUCGAUGACGACGAUGACUUGGACAUCGAGAUUGUACCCUCUUCCCCACCCGCCGCCUCAUCCAGGCCACUCCCCCAAUUUGAACGCGUCGAAAUCGGUGAUGAUUCAAUUGAGGUGUCGGAACCUGUUCCUAGUUUCCCGAGGGAGGUGGUAUCAAAACCUGAGCGACAGAAAGUGUCGUUCCAAGAACCUCCAAAACCUCGAGCGACAACGUCAUCGGCGAAGAGUAGACUGAAACCGGACAUGCCGCCGCCUGCACUCCCCGCAAGGUUCACGACCGCUGCUCAACUUUCAAGCCCGACCACACCAGAGGCACCUGAACCGACAUUUCCGGUGCAAAUCCCAAAGCGACGCCGAAUAAUAGCCAGCGUCGCUUCUUCUGAUGAUGAAGACGACAAUGAAGAUCUUCGACCCCCUCCAUCUUCUCAGCGUUACCUCGAACCUGUCGAAUCCACCCCCGUCCGACCAAGUAAGCGGAAGAAGUCAUCAAAGCCUGAUGGCAAGGGUGAGAAGGCACGAAGAGAAAAGCCUUCCCUCCUGGCCAAGAACCGCAACAUUGUAUUCGACGCGGAAGCUGUGCAUUCAGGUGAUGAAGAGAGCGAAGGAUGGUCUGAAGACGAGGAGGAAAAUGAGGAGGACAGGGCAUUUAUUAAAAACUCUCCCCUCACUCAAGUGUCGCCUUCGUAUGAACAAACGCAGAUCUACCGGCGUAGUCUCAUGACGCAGGAUCCUAACGAUACCCGGGGACCCAUGUUUAUGAACGGUCCUAUUCGAGGGCGACCCUUUGGUCGCAUGUCGCCUGGGCGGCAGUGGACCCCGUCGAGUUCACCUGGGCCUGACGGGGAGGGUAGUGAACCAAACGAGUACGAAUUCGGGAGCUUCGUGGUACCCGAUAAUGGUGAUAUCUCUUAUGAGAUGAACUCGGAUGAUGCAGUCUUGGACUUGUGAUUCUUUCGUAACGACCUGGAUAGUCUCUAAUUUGGACGUUCUCUGACACAUUCAUAUGGCUAGUUAGCAUGCAUUUACCAUAUACUCAUACACUCACACUU